AUGGCCGUCCUGAGCAAAUUGCAACGAUGGCUACCAUCAGUCCGAGAAACAACGCCGGCGUUGUUGGGAACGGCCGCCGUCGUGCUGAUUAUUAAAUUUUACAAACGCAAACAUAAUUUACAGUAAGUUCUAAAAAUACUUUCUUAAAUUAAAAAAAAAAUUUUAAUUUUGCCUUGCCUUGCCUUGCCUUGCUUUGUCUCGCCUUGCCUUGCUUUGCCUUGCCCUGCCUUGCCAUUACCUUUUACUACCUUAAUCUACAUUACCCACCUACCAUUGCCUUGCUCAACAUUGCCUUGUCCUGCUCUACCCUACUUUAAUCUACCCUACCCAACACACCCUUUUUGUGCACUGCCUUGCUUUACCUUCUCUUGCCAUGCUUUGAAUUGCCCUACUUUACCUUGCUAUGCUUUAUUUUGUCUUGCUCUUUGCUUAAUCUACCUUUUACCUAACCUGUCCUACCCUAGCCUUUACCUAGCUUGCUGUUUGCCUAAUCUAGAUUUUACUUAACUUAGUAAAAGUACAAUACAUAAAAUCAUAGUGAAAUAUUCAAACCUUUCAGUCAACUAUCGUCCGGUCCCCUGGUAAAACUAGACAAAUCCAAAAAGAAAGACGAGAAGUCUCACGUAGACGCGGUUUUCUUCAAAAAAUUAUGGAAAAUUGUAAAAAUUUUGAUUCCAAAAUUCUUCUCCGCCGAAGUAUUUUACCUCGUUCUAAUCGCGGUAACUCUACUGUCACGAACCUACGCCGAUCUGUGGAUGAUCACUACCUCAACAUCGAUUGAGGCAGCGAUCAUUGACCGCGACAAACGACAGUUCAUGAAAUGGAUCAUACACUACCUGAUGUGUAUGCCUAUUAUAUCUGUGGUCAAUAACUUACUCAAGGUAACUUUUGAGUUUGAUUUGAUUUGACAAGUUUAGGGGUUCAAAGUUUUAAACUUUUUUCAAAUUUUUGGAUUUUGAAUAAAAAUUUUAAGGUUUUGAAGUGGCAGUGGAUGCUUUUGCAAAAAAUGACAAAAACUUUCUUUACAAAACAAAAAAUGGCAAGAACUUUCUUUACAAAACAUAAAAUGGCAAGAACUUCAUUGACAGUUAUUAAAAUGCUAAAAUAGCCUUAACUUAUUUCAGUUCGGCCUAAGCGAACUAAAGCUCCGCUUCCGUGAACGCUUGACUCAACAUCUAUAUCAACAUUACCUAACUGGUUUUACCUUCUACAAGAUGUCAAACCUAGACAACCGAAUAGCCAACGCUGACCAACUCCUAACUCAAGAUGUAGAUCGUUUCUGUGAAGGCAUAGUUGAGUUCUACUCUAACAUCUCCAAACCUCUGGUCGACGUAGCACUAUACGUCAGCACCAUUGGUGGUGCUCUGGGCUUCUCAGCACCAGGUCGUCUCUUUGCCUACCUCAUCGCAUCAGGAGUGGCAUUAACCUAUCUUCGUCGACCAAUCGGCAAACUGACAGUUGUUGAACAACAACUCGAAGGUGAAUUUAGAUACGUCAACUCGAGGUUGAUCAUGAACUCGGAAGAGAUAGCCUUCUAUCAAGGUAACGAAAGAGAAAAGACUUCCAUUAUGAGUGCCUUCCAACGGAUGGUACAACAUCUACGACACUUGAUACUGUUCAGGUUUUCACUUGGAUUUGUGGACAAUAUUGUGGCUAAAUAUGUGGCUACUGUGGUGGGAUGGUAUACAAUGAGUAGACCAUUUUUGAAUAGAAAGAAUGAAGCCUUGAGGGAUAAGAGCAAGAAUGAGCUUAUGCAGGUAAGAGUGAAAGAGAUUUUUUGAGUAGUUUUAUAAAUUAUCGUAACAAGAAACUUAUAAUAACUCAUUGUUUCAGUCCUUUGAGUGUCAUACAGAUUUGACUGUAGUAUUAUUAAGGUUAUUUUAGUCAAGGGGCAAAGUAUAAAUGAGCAAAAAGGGAAAAAUAGAUGAAUAAAAGAAGAAGAAUCAGAAGAGUAAGAAAAUAAUUAAAAAUAGAAAGAAAAAUAAAAAAGUGAAAAGAAGGAAAAAAAAUAAUUAAAAAGAGCAAAAAGAAGACGAAGAAAAAGAAAAAAUAUAAAAAAUAUAAAUACGAGUAAGAAGGGUAAGAAGGAGAAUAAAAACAUAAAGAAGAGCAAGAAUAAAUAGAAGAAGGAGAAGAAGAAAAAAAGAAAAUAAAGAACAAUAAAAAGAAUAGAAAAGAAAACAUGAACAAGAUGAAAAAGGAGAAAAAGAUAAAGAUAAAAAGAUAAAAGAAGAAGAAAAAUAAUAAUAAAAAAGAAAAAAAUUUUUUGAAUCAUAACAGGCUGAUCACAUUUAACGUUUUCUAAAACAAAUAUGUAGAGGGUAUAGCUACCGAAGCAACCUUUUGCCGGCUUAUCCAGGUCCUUAUCGAGAAUCGACAAUUUAAAAAACUUUUUUUUACAUAUUUGCGCCAAUGAUACUAAAAUACGUUAAAAAAUAACAAUUUAUAACAAGACUUUGCUUUCAGGACUACUACAACAGCGGUCGAAUGAUGUUUAAGUUGGCCGAAGCGCUAGGAAGACUGGCAUUAGCUGGCCGUGAACUUACCCGCCUUUCUGGCUUUACGACUCGUGUUGAUUCUUUGAUCAAUGUUCUUGAUGAUUUAGAAAAUGGCAAGUAUCAACGAACAAUGGUUGCUGGAGGAAAGCAAAUUGAUGAGGAAAAGGUAGGCUAAAACACAUUACCUUGCUCUAUCUUAUCUUACCCUACCCUGAGCUGCACGACUUUUACUCUACAUUACUUUACCUCACACUAUAGCUCUAAAAUUUACUGUUUUAGGCCCUACUAUCAGCUGAAUCAAUGGGAAUAACCCCAGGAAAAGGUCAAAUCUUCCUUCAAGACAAUGUCAUCAGAUUUGAAAACGUACCCUUAGUUACUCCAAAUGGUGAUGUUCUAGUAGAAGCUUUGAAUUUAGAAGUACCAUCAGGAAGGAAUGUUCUUGUUUGCGGACCCAAUGGAUGUGGCAAAUCAUCAUUAUUCCGAAUUCUCGGCGAGUUAUGGCCAUUGUGGGGAGGAAAACUGACUAAACCUGAAUGUGGAAAACUGUUUUAUGUGCCACAGGUGAGGUUUUUGAUGAAUAUAAGUGACUUAAAAUGCCUUUUUUCAUCUUUUUUUACAGUAGUAAGCAAAUGUACCCAAAUUUUUAAAUUUGAAAUUUUGGGCGUGGUAAAAAAAAUUUUUUUUGGGGGUGGAUUUUUUUUUGUUUUUUAAUAAUUUUCUAGUGUUAUUGACUUUACCCUACCCUACCUUACUCUACCCUACUCUACCCAUUAAAAAAAACAUUUGUAUUUCAGCGUCCAUACAUGACCAUCGGAACCCUGAAAGACCAAGUGAUCUACCCAGACAAGCCAGCUGAUAUGCGUCGUAAAGGAAUAAACGACAAAGACCUAAUUCAAUUCCUAGACCAAGUACAACUCUCAUACAUACUCAGUCGUGAAGGUGGAUGGGAUUCGGUACAAGAUUGGAUGGACGUGCUAUCUGGUGGGGAGAAGCAACGUAUAGCAAUGGCACGACUCUUCUAUCAUCGGCCACAGUUUGCCAUUUUGGAUGAAUGUACGUCGGCGGUUAGUGUUGAUGUUGAAGGGGCUAUGUAUGAAAAGUGUCGUGAGCUUAACAUCACAUUGUUUACUGUAUCACAUCGCAAGUCGUUGUGGACGCAUCAUGAAUAUUAUCUACAAAUGGAUGGGCGAGGGCAUUACGAGUUCAAUCAGAUUACGGAUAACGUUGUACAAUUUGGGUCAUAA